AUGUCUGUCAUAUUCACGUGUAGAAUGCCUCCGAAUAUUAUGCUUGAAGGUUAUGCUCCAACUGUUGCUCCUAUGCCGGCAUCUCGCCUGGUCAUGUCAACGCCUCCUCCUAUGGUACAUGCUGUGCCGCGUGUUGAAGAAGCCAUUUUUCAUUCUGAGCCAUCUGAGGCCCUGAUAUUGCCCAACGUAAAAAUCCCUGUCAAAUUAAACAUCCCUGACUUUGAGAAGCAUAAAGGGAUCACUUGUCCUUUGAGAUAUCUUGUGAUAUACUUGUGUCCUGAACCCUAUCCGGAGGAGAAUUUGGAGUUUCUUAAAUCACAGAAUAUUCGUCUAUUUCAAUUUGGAAUUGAGGGGAAAACGGAAGUUUCUUUACCUAAUCUCAGUGAUUCUAUUAUGGAGGCUUUGAAAAUUUUACUUGAUGUGAGAAAUCACCCUGUUUUGAUUCAUUGCAAACGAGGAAAGCAUAGAACAGGUUGUGUAGUUGGUUGCUUCAGAAAGAUGCAGAACUGGUGUCUGUCUUCUGUGUUUGAGGAGUACCAGCGCUAUGCUGGUGCUAAAUCCAGGACAAUGGAUUUAACAUUUAUAGAGAUGUUUGACAUCAUAAAUCUUAGGCAGUGCCUCUACAGCAUCAUCUACCAGUAUCAAGGUGCUUCAAAGAAGCACAGAUUGAUGUAUCAAGGCGAGACUACGCAGAAGCCACCCCGUUUGACAUCGUUUUAGCUGCUGCACUGGCUAUCAACUCCAUUUUUGGAUUUGGUAGAGAACUCAUACUUCAAAGUAAUUUUUUGGAGUCUUUGAACAUAUAUCCUUAGGGUUUUUAAAGAUCUUUUGAGUACUGCUAUUGA